AUGGCCAAUCAGGGAGGUGGUGGAGGAGCAACUAUGUACCAUGGUUUAGAUCGUUUUCAGAGGAACAACCCACCUACCUUCAAAGGGGGUUAUGAUCCUGAGGGUGCUGAGGCUUGGCUGAGGGAGAUUGAGAAGAUCUUCCGGGUGAUGGAGUGUCAGGACCAUCAGAAGGUGUUGUUUGCUACUCACAUGGUAGCAGAUGAGGCAGAGUAUUGGUGGGAGAACACUCGCCCACGUCUAGAAGGAGAAGGUGGUGUUGUUGUUCAAUGGGAGACCUUCAGACAAACUUUUCUAGAGAAGUAUUUUCCAGAAGAUGUGAAGAAUAGGAAGGAGAUGGAGUUUCUCGAACUGAAACAGGAAAGUAUGACGGUGGCAGAGUAUGCGGCGAGGUUUGAGAACCUUGUAAGGUAUUUUCCUCAUUAUCAGGGGGAAGCUGGGGAGAGGUCUAAGUGUGUGAAAUUUGUCAAUGGCCUCCGACCAAAAGUAAAGAUGAUGGUGAAUUAUCACGGUAUUCAUAACUUUGCACAGUUGACCAACAUAUGUAGGAUAUUUGACAAAGAUCAGCGGGAGAAGAUUGCAUUUUACAGGAAUACCAAUGCUAGUCAUGGGAAAGAGAAGAAGUAUGUGACUCACAGUCGUGCUAAGCCAUAUUCUGCCCCUCCCGGGAAAUAUGGAAACCAUUCUGGAGGACAGAGGACCAGUGGAGGACUUCAACCAGUUGGUGGGAGUCCUCAACCAAUUAACAGGGUGUCUCAGCCUGCGGGUAGAGGUAGUGGUGGUAGUGGUGCUCCUGCUAUUGUUACUACACCACUCAGGUGUGGGAAAUGUGGUCGGCUUGGGCAUAUUGCUCGUGAGUGCACAGAUAGAGAGGUGACUUGCUUUAACUGUCAAGGUAAGGGCCACCUCAGUACCAGUUGCCCAUAUCCGAGAAGGGAGAAGAAGAGUGGAAGUCUGAAUAACCAGAGUGGACAACCAAGGACCACAGGGAGAGUGUUUGCUCUUAGUGGUGUUGAUGCCGCACAGUCUGAUGAACUCAUCCAAGGUAUGUGUUUCAUAAGUCAAGUUCCCUUGGUUGUAUUGUAUGAUUCAGGUGCGACCCAUUCAUUUAUUUCUCGUGUCUGUGUUGAAAAACUUGCCUUGCCUGUGUCUUCCUUGAAAUUUGACUUGAUUGUGAAUACACCUGCUAGUGGGUCUGUUUUAAUUUCUGAUGUAUGCUUGCAAUGUCCUGUCUUAAUUUCUGAUAGACAGUUUCUGAUUGAUUUAGUUGUUUUACCUUUGAGUCAGAUUGAUGUUAUUCUUGGUGAUAUGUUUUUGUCUGCUAACCAAGUUAAGGCAUCUUUAAGGGAGGAUGCACAGGUAUACAUGAUCUUAGCUAGUAUGAGUGUUGAGACCAAAACCCCUGUGAGUGAUAUACCAUUGGUGAGAGAGUUUCCAGAGGUGUUUAAGGAGGUGUCAGGAUUACCACCUGAGAGAGAGGUCAAGUUCUCUAUAGACCUAGUGCCUGGUACUGGACCCAUGUCCAUAGCACCUUAUAGGAUGUCCCCUGUAGAAUUGAGUGAGCUUAAGAAACAGUUAGAGGAACUCUUAGAGAAAUAG